AUGUUCUCGUUCGUGUUACUCGCCCUUGUGGCCACGGUAGCGGCCCGCAGCCAUCACCUGCGCGAUUCAGCCUCUUCAAUAAUUAGUAGGCAAAAGACAACUCUUCCGAGUACUUUUAAAUGGGCAUCUUCCGACAUCCUCGUCGCCCCCAAAAAUGAUGCCCGCAAUAUCGCAGCUAUCAAGGACCCUUCUAUUAUCCACUAUAACAACGCCUACCAUGUUUUCGCUAGCACGGCGGUAACGUCGGGGUAUAACCUCGUCUACUUCAACUUCACCAGCUUUGCCACAGCGAAUGCCGCGCCGUUCUACUACUUAGAUCAGUCGGCAAUAGGAGCGGGAUAUAGGGCGGCGCCAGAGGUAUUUUACUUCGCGCCGCAGAAAUUGUGGUACCUCAUCUAUCAAAAUGGCAACGCGGCAUAUAGCACCAACAAAGACAUCAGCGACCCUCAUGGUUGGACAGCCCCGAAGAAUUUUUACAACGGAACGCCACCCCUGAUUCAACAGGGCCUCGAAGGCGGGUACUGGGUCGACAUGUGGGUCAUCUGCGACGAAACCGACUGUCAUCUCUUCUCCUCAGACGACAACGGCCGCCUGUACCGCAGCCAAACCCCAGUUUCAAAAUUCCCCAAUGGCAUGAGCGAACCCGUCAUUGCUCUCAAGGACAACAAAAACGACCUUUUCGAGGCCUCAAACGUCUACGCUAUUGGUAAUUCCGCGAAGCCUACUUACCUUUUGCUGGUAGAAUGCAUCGGUGCUGGAUCGUCCCCCGGCGGCCAACGCUACUUCCGCUCGUGGACGUCGAGCUCGCUCUCUGGACCCUGGAAUGCCCUCGCAGCGACGCAGCAGAAUCCAUUCAUGGGCGAAGCGAAUGUGAAGUUUACAAAUGGCAACAAGUGGUCGAAGAGUAUCAGCCACGGGGAGAUUGUGCGGAGCAAUGUGGAUCAGAGACUUAGGAUUGGGGACUGCGGGUGGGAGUAUAUGUACCAGGGGAUUGACCCGGCCGCGUCUAGUGCGAAUUAUAAUAACUUGCCGUGGAAGUUGGGUGUGCUUAAACAAGAGGGAGGCUGUUAA